AUGUCGUCCCGGCAAGCUGCCCUCUCCCUCUACCGGCGCUCCUUGAAGCUUGCCCUCGACUGGGCUGUUCAUCGACACCUCUGGCGCGGCCAGGCCAUCUACAUUCGCUCUCUCUUCGAAGCCAACCGGAACAUCACCGAGCCUAGACAGCAACGGGCAUUGUUGAAAGAGACAGAGAAGAUCCUGGAUACGUGGAAACACCCGGAUCCCUAUGCUCCUCCCACAGCACCCGGAGGAUCCAAGUACGAGAGAAACCUGCCGGCCCCAAUACUCGACCCUCCUCCACCAUUAAAAUACUAG